AUGUUCUGGAAUUUUAUCUUUAUAUUCCUGUAUAUUUGCAAUUUUGUGGGUGCCUUUAAUGACAAUGAAUGCUAUGUAACAAUCAAAGAUUACUUUUACCAUAAAGGAGAUGUGACGAUUGGUGCAUUUUUCCCUCUUCAUACUUUAUACACAGGCAACAAAGUUCCUCAUAAAUACAUACCACAUGCUUUCGAGGACAUUCACAUAAAGUAUAAUUUUAAGAACUAUCAGUUUGUUCUGGCUCUGUUGUUUGCCAUUGAGGAGAUCAACAGAAACCCUCAUCUUCUACCCAACACAAGUCUUGGCUUUCAUCUCUAUAAUAUUGCAUUUACUGAAAAAAGCAUUCUUCUUGGUGCCUUUAUUUGGCUCACAAGAAAGAGUAUUCCUUUAGUUAACUAUGACUGUGGACAGAAGCAAAAGUCACAUUCUGCACUUACAGGAACAUCAUGGGCAACAUCUGCCCACAUUGGGUCACUGCUACAACUCUACAAAAUACCACAGCUCACUUUUGGGUCUUUUGAUUCUUCCUUGAAUGACCAGAGUCAGUUUAAUUUUCUCCAUCAGAUGGCUCCCAAAGAUACAUUCCUUUCAUAUGCAAUUGUGUCUUUAAUGGUUCAUUUCAGCUGGUCCUGGGUUGGUUUGAUCCUACCAGACGACCACAGAGGGACUCAGAUUCUGUCAGACUUGAGAGAAGUUAUGGAGAGCAAUAGCAUUUGCAUAGCCUUUUUGAAAAUGAUCUCUGGAACUUGGAAUUCAUAUUCCAAUGCAAUAUGGAAAAAUAUAGAGAGGAUUCAGGACUCAUCAGCAAAUGUGAUAAUUAUUUAUGGGGACAUCGUUUCUUUACAAGGUUUAACACGUCACAUUGAACAACUAUUAGUGACAUGGAAAGUUUGGGUGUUGAACUCUCGAUGGGAUGUUGACAAUAAUAUUGAUCAUUUCAUGGUAGAGUCAUUUCAUGGAAGUCUCAUCUUUUCACAUCACUAUGUAGAGAAAGCCAAGUUCAAUAAUUUUAUUCAAACAGUUAAUCCCUACAAAUACCCAGAAGAUAAUUAUCUUCCUAAGUUUUGGUAUGUAUUCUUCAAGUGCUCAUUUUCUGAGCUUGAUUGCAAACUUUUGGAAAACUGCCAACCUAAUGCUUCUUUGGAGUUACUGCCCAGACACAUUUUUGACCCAUCAAUGAGUGAAGAGGGCUAUAAUAUAUACAAUGCUGUAUAUGCUGUGGCCUACAGUCUCCAUGAACUUAAUCUUCAGCUAAUACAAACACAACCAUAUGUUAAUCAAGAAGAUAUGGUAUUUUCCCCCUGGCAGCUUCUCCCUUUCCUGAAAAAUCAUGUGAGAAGUCAUACAUUAAUGGAUGAGAGAAAAAACUUAGAUCCAGGGUAUGAUAUUCUCAAUUUUUGGAAUUUUCCAAAGGGUCUGGGGUUAAAGGUUAAAGUAGGAACUUUUUCUCCAAAUGCUCUCCGGGGUCAAGAGUUGUCCUUAUCUGAUCAGAUCAUACAAUGGCCAACAAGGUUUACAAAGAUUCCUCAGUCUGUGUGCAGUGAGAGCUGUAGGCCUGGAUUCAGGAAAACUGCCCAGGAAGGGAAGGCUGUCUGCUGCUUUGAUUGUACUCCUUGUGCAGACAAUGAGAUUUCUAAUGAGACAGAUAUGGAUGAUUGUGUGAAGUGUCCAGAAAGUCACUAUGCAAACUCUGAGAAGAACCACUGCAUCCAAAAAUCUGUGAGAUUUUUAGCCUAUGAAGACCCUUUGGGGAUGGCUCUUGCCACCACAGCACUGUGCUUCUCUGUACUCACAGCUGUAGUUCUCGUACUCUUCCUGAAGCACAGAGACACGCCUAUUGUAAAAGCCAAUAAUCGGGCUCUCAGCUACACUCUGUUAUUGACACUCAUCAUCUGCUUCCUCAGUUCCUUGCUCUUCAUUGGCCAGCCCAACACAGCCACCUGCAUCUUGCAGCAGAUAGCAUUUGGAGUUGUAUUCACUGUGGCUCUCUCCACAGUGUUGGUCAAAGCUAUCACAGUGGUUAUUGCAUUCAAGGUCACUGUUCCAGAUAGAAUAGUGAGGUGGUUAAUUGUAUCACGGGCUCCUAAUUUCAUCAUACCCAUCUGCACACUGAUCCAACUUGUUAUCUGUGGAAUCUGGCUGGUCACCUCUCCACCCUUCAUUGACCGAGACACUCAUGCUGAACAUGGCCACAUCAUCAUUGUGUGCAACAAGGGUUCAGCAGUUGCCUUUUACUGUGUCCUGGGAUACCUCUGCUCCUUGGCACUUGGGAGCUACAUCAUGGCCUUCUUGUCCAGGAAUCUUCCUGAUACAUUUAAUGAAGCCAAGUUCCUGUCAUUCAGCAUGCAGGUGUUUUUCUGUGUCUGGGUCACAUUCAUUCCUGUCUACCAUAGCACAAAGGGAAAAGUCAUGGUAGCUAUGGAAGUGUUCUCCAUCUUGGCCUCUAGUACAGCACUCCUUGGCUUGAUUUUUGCUCCCAAGUGCUACAUCAUUUUGUUAAGGCCAGAUAAGAACUCCUAUCUUGACAUAAGGUGGAAAAGCCAUUCACUAAGAAAUAAUCAUUUAUAA